CAUCCCUACACUUCUCGUGAGAUUGGAUACCCGGAAGUGUUUGCACGUAUCAUGUGAUUUGCUCUUGUUGGCACUGUGCUUGAGUAGCUAUAACUAUAUUUUUCACGUUACGGUUUUGAAGAACCUUGGGUUUUUAUCUUAAGGGGACUCUACAAGAUGCAGAACGUGAUAAAUACAGUAAAAGGGACAGCUCUCGGAGUGGCUGAGUUUCUAACUCCAGUGUUGAAGGAAUCAAAAUUCAAAGAGACUGGAGUCAUUACACCAGAAGAGUUUGUAGCAGCUGGAGAUCACAUGGUUCACCAUUGCCCCACAUGGAAAUGGGCCACUGGAGAAGAAGUCAAGGUGAAGCCAUAUUUGCCCCCGGAUAAACAGUUUCUCCUGACACGGAAUGUCCCCUGUUACAAGCGUUGUAAACAAAUGGAGUAUUCAGAUGAGCUGGAAGCCAUCAUAGAGGAGGAUGACGGAGAUGGGGGCUGGGUGGACACUUACCACAACUCAGCAGGUGUGUUAGGAGUUGCAGAUGCUGUACAAGAAAUUUCACUGGACAAUAUUAAGGACAAAAAUAUGAAUGCUACAUCGGCAGCAUGUUGUGGUGAUGAUGAUAUUGAUAAUGAAGAUGAUGAAGAUGGAGAAGCAGCAGAUAUGGAAGAGUACGAGGAAAGCGGCCUGUUGGAAACAGAUGAGGCGACCUUGGAUACCAGUAAAAUGGUUGAAACCAAAGCCAAAGCAGAGCCUGGUAGUGAAGAUGCCAUCCUUCAGACUAGAACAUAUGACCUGUACAUCACAUAUGAUAAAUACUACCAGACCCCUCGACUCUGGCUGUUUGGAUAUGAUGAAGAUAGGCAACCGCUGACGGUAGAACAGAUGUAUGAGGACAUCAGCCAGGACCAUGUGAAGAAGACAGUCACCAUUGAGAACCACCCCCACCUUCCCCCACCUGCCAUGUGCUCUGUCCACCCCUGCAGACAUGCUGAAGUGAUGAAAAAGAUCAUUGAGACUGUGGCAGAAGGGGGUGGAGAGCUGGGAGUGCAUAUGUAUCUUCUGAUUUUCCUCAAGUUUGUCCAGGCCGUCAUUCCAACAAUAGAAUAUGACUACACGAGACACUUCACCAUGUAGUUUCAGAAAUCAUCAUCUCUUAAUGCAACAUUGGAAAGAUCAGCUCUUCUGCCUCUGUGAUCAGAUCUGGUCUGAUUACAACCAGUUUGUUGAGUGUUUGUAUUACUCUGAGGGACUUUGCAAGGGCACAGGACAUUGAGGAAUGUUGAAGGUAUGUGGCUAAACUGUUGUAACAUUUUGUGAAACAGACUUGUUUUUCAUGAAACCCAGAGUCAGAUAAAAAGACCAAUGUUGGUUUUAUCUGUGUGUAUUCAGUACAGUUACAUGUGUUCUAACUGUUGCUAGCCUAGCUAUGGCAUGAAACAUGCAACUUUCAUCAAAGAAAAGUCAUUUUCAUGUAUUGUUGGUUAAUUUCACCUGUUGCAAAAUAGAAAUGUAAAAAAACAGGCUUUGAUAUAUUGGAACUAGUUUGCUAUCUAACAAGUUGUUGAACUAUGUUUUUUUUAAACUUGUGAGAAAGCUGGCUAGAACUUUCUUUUUACUUCCAGUCUUUGUGUUAAGCUAGGCCAACCACAUCCUGGACACCUCUGUACUGGAUACACAAAAAUGAAACGGAUGUCCUUAUUAUCUGACUCUGGGCUGCAGACAAGGCUUCGUACCAAAGUUGGACAGUACAUCUGAUGUUUCUCCACAGGUUUAAUGUUGUGACCACAAUGUGGUGAGCUCAUAAAUUCCUUGUUAAGCUUUUGAUGCUGUUAUUAAAAUUCACCCCAUUCCACACUGCUUUGCUCCUUGAAAUGUACAAGUCUAUUUGAAAAAAAUAAAUGAACCCUGGUCAUGCAAAGGGUCAGCUUUUUGAGUUAGAUAAAAUUAGAUGAGUUAAAGAAGAACAAGCUGGUUUAGCAGAUUUUUUUUCUGAAAACAGCUGCCUGCCAUUGCUGGAAACAAGAUUGAUGACAACAAUGAAACUUAACAACAGUAUAGUUGUGGGCCAUAAAACCAAAACAAUGAGCAUGCCCUGUGGCUCUACACUGCCUUUUGUUAUGUUUAUGUACAGUACAUCAUUUUCCUGUACAACUACAAAUAAUAUUCAGAAGAAAAUAUUUCAAAUCUGUGGAUUUGGACAACUAUGGGUAGGAAAUUUGUUUUCUUGCUAUCAUCACUGUCUAAAAUGUAUCUGUACCUAAUGGCAGCAUUGAUAGAAGUUUCUUGACUAUUAACAAAACUGUUCCCAUGCCUUACUACAGUUGUUAUUAUUGCUUCCAUUCUGAUGCACUUAGUAGAAGGCAUGGCUGAACCUCAUUAUUGCAAAUCAGCUCUGUAUGCCAGUUUGUCUUAAUACUUCAUUCUCUGAAUGUAUUGAUGGUCGGGCCUUUUUCUUUAACCCAUGGUUCUUGUGGUUGGCUCAUAUGGUUUUUGUGCUUUACUUCAACUGGACAAUUUUCCCUCUGUAGCUUGUCAAGAACUUGAGACGGAUUGUCUUGUUUCUACAAGCAUGGUGUAUCACUACCUUCUGUGUCUAAGAGCCGUGUGAAGGUUGGCUUUAUCUAUUGUGUGGCAUUUUCACAAAACAAAUGAAUUUUUUUAUUGUCACAAGCGUCUUUGUGUACUUCAAUAAAAUAUUCAAUGAA